CUCAAUGCAGCUCGCAUCGGAUCGGCCUUAUUCAGUUCCUAACUACCACAGUAGUCGUAAAUCAAGGAUAAAUGACGAUAGAUUCGCUCGUCCACCAAGGCCUGCCUCUACAUCAGAGGUAGACGACAUUGACAAAUUGGUUCCUCGUCGUCAACUCUCGUUCUUACACCGUAACACAACUCCAGGGGCCAAAGAUGAUUCCAUAGCUUCGCGCAUAAAUCACUUAGAAGACCCGGAAGCUCUCUUGAGAGUACCGAAAACUACACGACGAGUUGCUAAGCGUGGUUCUAAGGUAUCAACACCUGACGAUAGGGCAAGAACAAGCGGCCUCUCCGAAUUCAACACAGCUUCUAAGCGAGACCCAAGCCACUUAACAAGUCAGAAACGUGAUUAUGUUCAUACAACCGACGACCCUAAUCCUUCGAAGAGGAUCAAGAUCAACGUGAUUGAGAACCAAUCUCAGACGACUCCUAUCGUCCCGGAAAUUGCUAACCAGUCAUACCCAAAUACUCGUCUACGAAAAAAUCAACUAAGUAAGAACAACUAUGAAAACAAGAUCGCCACUAAAGAACUAGUCAACCAGAACAUCGAAGUCGAUGAUGACGAGACUCAAAGCUCAGAGGGCGACGAUAACGCCACUGAAACCGCAUUAACAUCCAAGAGAUUAAGGCAAGCUAGGGCAGGUAAACCAGAUCCGUACGACAUUAUGGAUAGGGCUAGUCCAUUUGAAAUUUCUCAGGAUGCCAGAUAUUCUAGGAAGAAACGAGCGUCCAUCGAUAUCGAGGAAACUAACCCCCGAAAUGAUCUUAACGCAAUUUACCAAGAACCAAAUGUCCAUAGCCAGCGUGGGAAAUACACCAACACCUCUCAGUACAACAUGCCAUCUGAACAUAUACCCAGCACAUACCAAGUAAAACCCGAGAGCAAGCCCUCAGAGCAUCACUACUCCGCGGUGGCCAUCGGAAGCACUCCAAGCACUCAGGACGCAAGAGAAGGUAAAGCCAUCGAAGAAACAUUAGACGCCCGCCUUUCAAGAAUCGAAAAAGCGAUCCGAGUCCAUGAAGAAGAGGGAAUCGACGAAUUCAUCAAAGCAAAGCUAAGCACGGGAAACCCGAACACCCUAGGGACCCUUACGAAUGAGAUACUGCUAGCACUGGUCGUACCUAACGACGAGCUUCUAGAGCAGGUGAUUAAGAUCAUGUAAGUGAAUCGAGGAGCCCUAUAGAGAUUGAGGGAUAAGACAAGUUCGGCAUUGUCCUCAAGAAUACUCCACUACUUUUGCUUCGUGC